AUGUCGUCCCCGCCUCUUCCGACGCCUUCAGAUUCAGAACCACCUGCCGCUCCUCAAUGGGCAAGGACGAUACUUCAAAAUCCUUCUCGUGGACGAUCAGAAAGUUCACCUUCACUUAGCCUUCAACCUCAAUCAACUUUGAUACCUCGAUUAGAAAUGCUACCAGAAAGUCGUUCUUCGAGUCCUUCCUCAGAAGCAGCGAUACUACACCAAGAUGAUAUUCUCUCACCUUCGAUGGACCCACGUCAAGAUGAGGCUAAUACACAAGGCACAACGCUACGUAGUCGUCUUGCACGUCUCUCGAGAAGUGAGCUAAAUUUUGUAUUGCGCGAGCUACUAUCACGCCCGGCUACUAGGCCAACCGCACCCCCGCCUUCGGACAAUACGCUACUCUCGACCCCUCCCGAUUUCAACGUCUUCCUAGACAAUAACCUACUCCCUCUAAUGCCCACACACCCCCUCUACCCACCGCUAGGAACAACAUGCGGAAUCUGCCAAGACCCCUUCCACGAGGCACAUGCUCCCGUACUGAUCGUCAAGGCACAAGGAUGUUCCGGGCAUGUAUUCGGCUACCAGUGUCUGCGCAAGUCUAUCUCAGCAGACACAGCAAAUAGCAACAAAUGCCCACUGUGUCGGACAACGUGGUUUGAAAUAUCGAGGCAACAUCUGACAAGAUUGGCGAUCGUAUGGGGAAGGAUAGGCCAGGUGGAAAACAGGGUCAUUAGUGACAUCGAAGACGCUGAGAAUGACGCUGAGAGGGCUAGGUCAGCUAUCGAAAUCAACAUGAGAGACUCCGUGCCUAUUCUAGAGCACGAAAUGUUGAUUGCUAGAGGUCUAGAGCACGAACUGUUGCUUGCUAGGGACUGGGAGAUCGGGAUGGCACUUGCACUUGCGAGGGCCCAGGUGGCCGACCUUUCGGUGGUUGGAGACAUGGCUCAUCGGAUGGAAAUGUUGCUUGCUGGAGAAAGAGAGAGAGACAGCGAGAUGGCAGCGGCGAUUACUAGGAUUCACGCGACUCUUAGGCCUAGUCCUCGAGGGACAUUGCUUAUGGCAUGGCUUGUCUUUCUGCAUGUACUGUUAUUCGCCAUUAUAGCAAAAGGGACAUGGGGCUAG